CCUCCAAGAACUCAGUUUCCCAGCAUGCUUCACGGUGAAGCGGUAUCCCUGGAAACAGUACAGGAAGUGGCGCGCGACGGUUAGAGAGCUAAAUUCAAUAACAGAAGAAGCAAGACUUUUUUAUUUUUCAAUAUCAUUACAUGUUCAUACCAUCAAAGUGUCACCUGGAUCAGAAAACAUUUCCUUAGUCGCUCUUUGUCGUAGAAGAUGUCUGGGAGAGCAGGACGAACUCAUCUAUCCAGGGGGAAAAGGGCUGCUCGGCCCAAGAAGGCGAUAGCUCCUAAAAGAGAAUGGGUUAGCACUGUCAAUGAUCUCUCGGUGCACAAACUGACGCCUGCUGAGCUGAAUCAUCGGCAUGAGAUUCACAAGUCUCAUAACAAAGUUGCAGCUCAGUGGGAGCUGAAAGAGAAUGCCCUGAAACGCCAUCUUAGACAUACCGGGAGUCCGGGGCCUCUGGACCAGGCCAGCCUCAGCAUUAUGAGGGAGGUCCUCUCUGAUCAGCUGCUGCUACGAGACGUGCUGGCCCGUUCUGACAGAGCCUUAGCUGUGGUCAAAGACCUCUUUGGAGAUUCUCCGCAAAGGCAGACUGGGCACCCCAGCGUGACCGUGGCUCCAAACUGUGAUUCUGACUCAGACCUGCCAGUUCUCCAGAAACCAGAUCCUCCAACUCACCUGUCUCGUCUUAGCCAAUCUAUGAUGGAUCGAGAGGCUCUCAAUGAACUACAGGUUUCAAAGGACGAGUACAGAGAAGAGGAUCGCUUUCCUUUAUAUAGUUCUGAGAACCAUGUAAUCCAAAGGGCCAAUAUACGUAAAAUGAAGGCGCGAUCUCAGGGAAAAGUGAUACAACAACAAAAAGUAAAUCAUUCUAAAUAUCUCCAAGGAGACAGAGCUGAUGUUCCUGUGACCCCCUGCAACUCAGGAAGGGCACCUGACCAAACAGCCCUCAAUGCCACUGUAGCUGUGCGGCGUGUUCGCUCCAGACAGAGUCAAUUAGACGAAGAUGAUGAAGAAACCUCACCCUUGGUUUCUCAGGUCCUGAAUCCUGAACUCUCACUCAGUCGAUCAGGAAAGAUGAGCAGUCGUGCCAACAGGGGGAAGAAGACUGUUGCUCAGAGCUCAGAGCUGAAUGGCUCCUCGGCCCCCCCUCUCAGUGGGGACCAGUCUAGUCUGGGCCUGUUGCAGGAUAUGCUGAGUCAGGUGGAGGCAGACUUGGACACGCUAUGUUCUCACACAGUUCCAGCAUCAGUACAGAGCCCAAAACUGCACAGAAGACAGGGUCUCACUGGAUUCUCCGUAGCUUUGGUCUCCACACUUGGGCGUUUAGUGCACCUCCUCAAACAGAGAGAAACUGAAGCUCAGACAGAAGCAGAAGAUAGAAGACGACUUGAGGAGGAGGUGAAAGAGCAGCGAGGCCUUAUUGAUGCUCUCACUGCUGAGACCAUGACUCUGAGAGAAGAGGCUGCUGCCCUGCAGGAUGGGUUACAGCAGCGCACAGCAGAGUUGGAGCAGAAGUUGGACGCAGUGGUGAUGGUGAUUGGAGCAGUUGGACUACUGGGAGAACCCACUCCCCAAGACUCUGAUGCCAGAGUUGCAGUUUGUCAGUCUGCUCCAGUUGCCAGGAGAACUCCAGACCAAACACAAGCUUGUGUUCCUCCAGCUAUCUUGCUCUCCCCGCCUCGACAGAGAGAUAACUGGCAAAAAAGUCCUGUAACUAAUCCCGUGCCCCUGCAGUAUCAGCUUCCUUCCUUAGAUAUCUCGCCUUCCUGUGAAGCUGGCUCUUCCUCGAGCCUGAGCAGUUUCUCACUCGGCAGACUUCCUUCAGCCUCUUCGCUGUCACUCACUUCUGAGCCUCGACACUUGCAGCUCUCUCCUAAUGCAAUGCUGGCGGAGAUUGCUCAGCUGAGCAAACAGAACGACCUGAUCAGGGCUCAGCUUAAACAGGCCAAGGGCCUCGGGUCAGAGGUCGGUGGCUCUCCUAACAGCAAUGAUGAGCGGCAAAGGUCGAGCCCCAUCAGCACAGGGAGAGUCACACCUCAGAAUGUCAGAGAGAGGAGGACGUCUGCCUCCAGCAGCACAGGGAGAGGGAGCCAGCACAUCUGCUCUCCUGGAGAUGAGCGUUCAACUCAACAGGCUCCAUCCUCUAACAGCACCAAUGUAAACAGCGUGGAGCAGCGGCUGCUGGAGCUCAACAGGCAGAGCGCAGCAGCCAGAGGUCGACUGCUGGAGCUCAUAGCCCAACAAAAGCAAAUUGUUACAGUUGGUGUCUCACCCACCGUCUCCCCCGUCCCUCCCUCAGCGCUCGUCCCAAGUACAGCAGCUGGAAGUGGAGGGUCAGAAGGAACGAUGCUGCUGCCCGAGCGGCUGCCCCGGUCCCACGUUGGUGGAGAGAGACGAUCUGCUGGUUCUGAUGUGUCUUCUCACAGAUUUGGUUUUGAAACCAGAGAUGGAAAACAUCAGGCGGACAAGCAGAAGAAAGAAGAAGGAUGGUUUUCUUUGGGUGCUCAUUUGAGAUGACAAGAAGGACAUCUGAGCAAAACUGAAUUUGUUUUCCUUAUGUCAUCUACAUAAUACUGUUUUUUUUGUUCCCCCCCUCGUGCAAAAAUCUGUGACGGUGGAUGUUGCAGAUGCAUUUAUUAUUUUCAUCAAUAUUGAAGGAGCUGUGCAAUGUGAUACAGAUACAGUAUAAUAUUCAGA